CCACCACCACCCCGCCCGCGAAUAAGCGGCCACCCCGUCGAAAUGACAAGCCACGCCCGACGCCCAACCCGGCGCGCCAAGAAUCAACCGCUGAGUCGAGGCCUGAGCCGGUAACUUGCCGGCUUCUGGAACCGCUAAACCUUGCAGUCACAGUGGAGUGGAGGCUCAUCGUUGACGUUUGCUGGCGGUCUACCUCACAACCAGCGUAAACCAACGUUCCUCUACAAACUCAAAAUCUUUCCCUUGUUUGCAACCACUUUCGCGCCUUUGUGGGUUCUGUAACGUGGCCGCGACCCCGAAUCGCGAGUUGCCUGACGACGACAGAGGUCCGGACCAUGAUUUGCAGACUGCCAAUCACGAGUCAAUCAGGUCACGCGCAGCACUGGUCUGCCUAGGUUCCGGGCUCCGGCAUCGCCCCGCAACAAGAAUGGACGACGCCGCGAGGCUCGUGUCUGAGCUACAAAGCAAGCUCGCCCAACUCGACGGCAAAGUCGCGGCUUACCAGCAUGAUAUGCUGGCCGAAUUUCAAAGACACAUGGAUGACUGCUUGAAGGACUACCCGGACCACGUCUCCAACGAGGUGUCGAGAAUCAUCGCCCAGUCCAUGUCCAGAUAUCCGGCGUUAUGUCCCAGGUUUGGCGAUGCACCGGACUCACCCGCAAUUGACCGGAAUGCGUGGAACGGCAACAAGUCGCCGCCGCCCAUUCUCCGCCAUACUUCAGGCAUUCCUAAGGAAAGCGCACGGAGCGCACAUGCGCGAGAGAGGGAGUUCCACGGUCUGUUUACGCCGACAUACCUGCCACUUCUCGAGAGCAAUAACCACAUCCGCCGCUCGUCUGAAGCAUCACAACCCGCAUCCCCUAGACAGACAACCCUUCCAUUGUCGCUUGAAAAUGUGGAAAAGGUGGAGAAGUCCAGCCAACCAGUUCCUACCUCACCCAAGCUCAGGCCAGCUCCGAUUAGACGUCUGACUGACCGGUCCUCGUCGUCGGUCGAGUCCUCGGGGAGUGACGCAAAAGUACGACGGAGUGCACUGCGCCGGUCAUCUAGCUCAAAUAAGGGCAGUCCGCGUCGGGUUCGUUUUGAGUUCCAGGGCGAGGAGGUUUUCCCGGCAUCUCCUGUGCACCAGGCAUCAACCAUUACCCCAGCCCCGGUAGGCGAGGCGCAGCCUCAGAGCGAGGCUGACACGUCAGCCAUCGCCACCAAGGAGGAUGAGUCAGUCUCGUACCUUGGGACGUCGCUUCUCGAUGUCGAAGGCGAGGAAGAUUCAUUUCCCAAACCAAAGAAAGUAUCAUCCACGCAGGCACUCCAGGCGCUCACUCGGAGUCCGUUAGAGGAGGGAACAGUCUGGACAGUUGUCAACCCGGAUCCCGGAGAGCCCGUCAUUAUGAGAGGCGGGAAACCGACCGAGGAUGCGCGGUACUCAUGCCCUCCCAAAGUCGACUCGCAGGCGACUAUCCGGCCGACGAGUGUUGCAGAAGACGAGACACCUGCAGGCGGCCUUCUUGGCUCACCCAUCGAAGACAUAGGGAAGUACGAUGAAGACGAGAACGCCUCUGAGGACGACUUUCUCUCGAUAAGACCGACGAGGAAGACCCCUUCCCCGGCUGCGACCCGCCCACUCGCCGGUCCACCUGCUCACUCCCCUUCUACUGCUCCGGAUACGGCAACGACGCCUGUGCCCACCAGCAACAAGGAUGUAGACGAAGAGGAUUCCCUCUUUGACUUUGAGGAGGGAGGAGAAUCUUCAUCUCAGCCCCAGAGCAAACCACAAAAGUACCUUCCAGAGCCCGAGGACGAUGAGGACGAGCCAAUCCCUGAGCCUCGCGUGAAAGGUCUGGAGAAGGUUGAACAAGAAGAGCAGGACGACGAAAACGGUAAACUGCCAGCUGUAUCACCCUCGGCGGCCCUGUUUGGGCACAGUAUUGGGUCGUACAAGGGUCACCGGCUGAGCAUCAACCCGAUCACCAACCCGAAGCUGUACGACGAGAUUGCCAACAUGGAGGACGUGCACUUCCUUGUCGGCAGCAUCGAUGGCCGCUCUGGGGUGGAUAAUGUGGACCCCAGCAGCUAUCGGGCGGCGAUCCUAGCUCAGAACCGUGGUGGCACGCCGCGCAGCUUGACGGAGAGGCUGGCACUGGAGGAGGCCAUGGAACGACGCAAGGCGGCCAAGAACAUGGAGGAUAGAGACUAGAGGCAUCUACAUGCAUUGUGAGCCCGUGAUUGCGGCUCUGGGACGAGCCGCGGGUGCAUGGGGUGGCGUGGUUGGCUAUCCGGGGUGCAUUUUAAGCAAACAGCAUUCGGGGCUUCCUGGGUCAUGGACGAGGGUCGGGAUGAGGCUGGGCGGCGACGACAUUACAUCGGUUUACUUGUAUUAUACUAUAGCUGCAUCGUGAUACCAUCGAUAGGCCGGCUGGGGGUUAAGGGCGGAUGGAACAGGGCGACAGAGUUGCAGAAGCGAAACUGCUUGCAACGGAUAUUAGCGAGAAUCCAGAUUUUAUCGUUGUCUUGAGAA